CGCACACAGGCAUAUUGCAGUGCACGGUCAUUCAUUUUACUCUUCACUUCGUUCAGAGUAGUCGAACAAAAGCAGCUUAUUAGCUAAACAUGGCAGGUUAUCUAAAGAUCCUCAGCUCUCUCACCAGGUCUGCUACUGUUUUAUCCAGAAGCCCCGUGGUCCUUGCUGCUCAAGCUUGCCAGACUUUACAGCAGAGGAACUAUGCUGACAAGCGCAUCAAGGUGGCCCAGCCAGUGGUAGAGAUGGACGGAGAUGAGAUGACUAGGAUAAUCUGGGAAUUCAUCAAAGAAAAGCUCAUCCUGUCCAAUGUUGAUGUGGAGCUGAAAUACUAUGACCUGGGCCUCCCCUACCGUGACCAGACUAAUGACCAGGUCACCAUUGACUCUGCCUUAGCAACCAAGAAGUACAAUGUUGCUGUCAAGUGUGCGACCAUCACUCCUGACGAGGCCAGGGUCGAAGAAUUCAAGUUGAAGAAAAUGUGGAAAAGUCCUAAUGGAACCAUCAGAAACAUCUUGGGUGGCACAGUUUUUCGUGAACCCAUUAUCUGCAUGAACAUUCCCAGACUUGUUCCUGGUUGGACACAGCCCAUCACAAUUGGCAGACAUGCCUUUGGUGACCAGUACAGAGCCACAGACUUUGUUGUGAAUACACCAGGCAAAUUUAUGAUCAGCUUUAUUCCCGCUGAUGGAAGCAAAGGCCAGGAGUGGGAAGUGUUCAAUUUCCUUGGGGGUGGCUGUGGCAUGGGCAUGUACAAUACUGAUGAGUCCAUCACUGGCUUUGCUCACAGCUGCUUCCAGUAUGCUAUCCAGAAAAAAUGGCCUCUUUACAUGAGCACUAAGAAUACCAUCUUGAAAGCGUAUGAUGGGCGUUUCAAGGACAUCUUCCAGGACAUCUUCGAGAAGAAAUAUAAGCCUGAGUUUGACAAGCUGAAGAUCUGGUAUGAGCACAGACUUAUUGAUGACAUGGUGGCACAAGUGUUGAAGUCCUCUGGUGCUUUUGUUUGGGCUUGCAAGAACUAUGAUGGAGAUGUCCAGUCAGAUAUUUUGGCUCAAGGUUUUGGCUCCCUGGGGUUGAUGACCUCUGUUCUUGUGUGUCCUGAUGGAAAGACCAUUGAGGCUGAAGCUGCCCAUGGCACAGUCACUAGGCAUUACCGUGAGCAUCAGAAGGGAAGACCAACCAGCACCAAUCCUAUUGCGAGCAUCUUUGCCUGGACCAGGGGACUGGAGCAUAGAGGCAAGCUUGAUGGAAACCCAGAUUUGAUCAAGUUUUCUCAGACUCUGGAACGAGUGUGUGUAGACACUGUGGAGAAUGGGGUCAUGACGAAGGAUCUGGCUGGAUGCAUUCAUGGGCUCUCAAAUGUCAAGCUUAAUGAGCACUAUGUCAACACCACGGACUUCCUAGAUGCAAUCAAGACCAACUUGGACAAAGCCCUGGGUAAAUGAAGGAGGAGGAUACUGAAGCACAUCUUUUCCUUUUUCCUUUUUUACCUCAUUCAACUUAAAUGUCAUUGUUACCAUAACCAUUAUUGGGAAGGGAAAAGUUGAAAAGAAACUUGUUUCUCUGCAGCGGCGUUGUUGGUUAGUGUUAGCUCAACUGUAGGUGUCAUCAGUCCACUCCAUUUCCUAACUGUCCUUAUAACUACAAGGUUUAAGUUUUGUAAUAUGAAGUACUGUAUGUAAUACUGUAUUAAACCUGGAAACAUGAAAGGCCAUUUUGGAAACCUUCUAAUAAACUUGUUUCGUCUUA